AUGUCAGGAAAACGUCGAGCUAACACAGACUUGAAUCAAGAUAACUGGGAAUGUGAAGAUGAACCUGAAGAUGCUGGAACAUUCAAAAGAGCUUCCUCGGAUGAGAUGAAAAAGAGGGUAUUUAAAAUUGCCAAAAGAAGGAGGCCAGUUUCUUCACAUGCAGAUGAUGGAGAUGCAACCAAAAAAAGUGUAUUUGCUAGUUUUGUUGCUUUCUCAAAGACAUCAGAAGUACCAAAGGAAGCAUUUUCAUUCUUGACAAACAUAACUUCUAACAAGAAUUCUUGUGGAUAUUCUGAGGGAAGUGGUGAAAGUGUUGAAUACUCUGAAAAAAAUAAUGUUGACAAUCUAGUGGUUGAAAAAAGUGAAAUUCCAAUAGGAAAUGAAGUCAAGGACGAUUCGAAAUUGUCUUGUAGCAUAAAAACUGAUCUCAGUAAUAGUAGUAAUAAUACAGGUAGUAUAUCUGACUUAUCCGAAUUAUCUGAUUUGUCUGGAAUGCCUGUCCUGAAGCAAAAACAUCCAGAUGUUCAGAAAACAGAUAGCAUUAAUAAAAAUGAUAGUGACAAUGAAGGAGAGGAAAUUAAUGAUUGA